AUGACAUUGGAAUCUCGUGCAGAACAUGUCAUGCCAUGGGUGGGAAUGUAUAUUUGCAUAGCAUCUUUGGUUUGCACUCUAGCAAUGGCAGCCGAUGUCAUCCAAGGCUUUCGACAAUGGAAGCUCUGGUUUCCAUGCAGAUUUUUUACUAUCAAUUCUGUUUCCAUUACAAUGAUAGCAAUAUUAACAAAGCUACCAGUAGACUUGAGCUCCAACAUGUCUGUUGACAAUCAUGAUAUUCUAGUAAAGUCCCCAAUUGUAAGACAUAUCGAAGAAAGGCUCAAUGCAAAUGAAGAGUUGGUAAAGGCAAGAGAAGCAGCUAGACAUGUGUGGACAGACGUUGAAAUAUAUUGCAAGUGGCUACAAAUUGAUCUUCAAAAGAAAGCUCAUAAAGGAAAAACAUCAAAGGAGAUUCUUCAAUGGUUGGGUGAUGAAGCAGCAAAAAUUGUGAUACAGUUCAAGACAAGGAAAAAUGUAAGCUUGUAUCACUCACAUUGUGAGUUCAAUUCUGCAAUUCCUGUGUACAGGAUCAGCCAAACCAUACUGCUACACUGCAAUGAGCAAGAGAAUUGGCCAACAUAUGAAGAAAUUCUUGAGUUUAUAACAACUAUUAUCGCAGAUCUGCUAUGUGCUUGCUUUACUAACAUACCAUGUGCCAUAACUAUGAAGUGUCAUGAUGAUGCAAUAGAGAAAAGGGAAGACAACAUCCGAAUUGUAGCUCAGCUUCUUGGUAGAUCAAAAAAGAUCCUGAAAUUGCUUAAAAAACACCAACUUCCCAACUCAGACAUGGAGUCAAUAGGGUACACUGAUAAGUGGCAUGCAUUACCAAAGAGUAAGAUACACAAUGCUUCAGUUAGGAUUCAACCGGCUUCUUCAAGUUGUAAUGAAUCUUUUGUAAUAACUAUUGUUUGA